AUGGCCGCCGCAGGGGCCGCCAACGUCGCCGCCGCCGCCGGGGCCGCGGACGCGGGCACGGGCACGGGGGCCGCUGGCGCGGCCCAAGGCCUGAAGUCUUGGGGCCGCUUGCGCAGCCCUGCCUGGCUGGUCGGCACACUGCUGUUCCUCAUUGCCUGCUGCCGGAUCGGCGAGGCCAGCCAUCCCGGCACGGAACUCCUCGACACCUGCGGUGAGGAGUGGGGGUUCGACGCAGCCGUUGAGGAGCAGACCUCCACCCUGGGCACGGUGCCCCCCCAGAAGAUCGACAACGUCAUAGGCGUGGUGAAGGCGUACACCACGCGCGUGGGCUCCGGGCCGUUCCCCACGGAGCUGCAGAACGAGAUGCAGACGCUCGAGGACUUCGCCGGGGAGUACAUCGGCCCCGAGGUCAGCCUGGAGCGCCGAGGGCACGAGCGGGGGCCGUACAAGCUCGAGAAGGGCCAGACGGUCAAGAUCGGGGAGAUGCUGCAGGAGGUCGGCCACGAGUACGGCACGACCACUGGCAGGCGGCGCCGGUGCGGCUGGCUGGACAUCCCGCUGGUGAAGUAUUCGACCCUCAUCAACGGCUUCGACAGCCUCAACAUAACCAAGCUUGACGUGCUGACAGGCCUCAAGCAGAUCAGGGUGGCGAUCUCGUACCGCAACAAGCAGAUGACCGAGGUCCGGCUGCCUCGGGGCUACUUCCCCUCGCACCUGGAGGACCUGAAGGAGGUCGUGUGCGAGUACGAGACGCUGGAGGGCUGGGAGCAG